UUCCCGUAGGCUUGUGGGAGUUUAUGUAAAAUCAUGAUGGCGGCGGCCUGUGCGAGAACAUUUAGUAAGGUCGGUCGGUUAGUUUUAGACACGCCGAAAUGCCGCGUAACAAACACCGCAGCAUUAGUGCCGAGAAUGAGCAUGAGAUGCCAGGGAAGAGCUUACGGUACCGGCGGUUCGGGAUUUAGAUCCAGACUUUUGCUCGCUGCACCGGUGCGUGGCAGUGGCAGAGUCCUGGGAUGCGCCUUCUUGCUCGGUGGUGGUUUCGGCUUGUACCAGACCAUCAAACUCACGCUUCAGCGUCACCUUGCAGAGGAAAAAGCAAAUGCACCGCUGGGGACAGAUCUUAAGUUGACUCUGUAUCAGUAUAAGACCUGUCCGUUUUGCAGCAAGGUGCGAGCCUUCCUGGAUUAUCAUGGUCUGCCAUAUGAAAUUGUGGAGGUCAAUCCCGUUAUGCGAAAGGAGAUCAAGUGGUCCACUUACAGAAAAGUUCCCAUCCUGAUGGUGAACGAGACGGUGCAACUCAAUGACUCUUCUGUAAUUAUUAGUGCUUUGAAGACAUACCUGGUCAGCAAGGAGAAAACAAUAUCUGAGAUCCUCGCAUUUUAUCCUGAGAUGAAGGCAAAGAACGACAGUGGGAAAGACGUGAAAGAGUUUGGCAAUAAGUACUGGGUCAUGGUGCAUGACGCUGAUGCUGAUCAUCUAUAUCCUGGAAAAGACACCAGAAAAGAGGAGAUUAAAUGGCGGAAGUGGGCAGAUGAUUGGCUGGUGCACCUAAUUUCCCCAAAUGUUUACCGCACACGGAGCGAAGCCCUCGCAUCCUUUGACUACAUUGUACGAGAAGGCAAAUUUAGCACCUUUGAGGGCUUCUUUGCUAAGUAUUUCGGAGCUGCUGCCAUGUGGGUCAUUUCAAAGAGAUUGAAAAAUAGACACCAUCUGCAAGAUGAUGUGAGACAGGAUCUCUACAAGGCCGUCAAUGAUUGGGUGGCAGCCAUUGGAAAAAAUAAGAAAUUCAUGGGAGGUGAUCAACCCAACCUUGCAGAUCUGGCCGUGUUUGGGGUUCUGAGGGUUAUGGAAGGCCUUCAGGCAUUUGAUGAUAUGAUGGAACAUACCAAGGUGAAGAACUGGUACCGGCGUAUGCAGAAGGUCACAGAACAAGUGUCAUAAAAUCAAAGCUUCGGUCAUGGCUGCAACAACUUGAAGCACUUGACACCACUGCACAACUUGCCAUCUGUUGGUAGCGUAAUGGUUAUGCAAAUCUUAAAAGACUACUUUUUCCAGUAAUUAAACUGGCUUCCAUUCUUCUUCUGCUCGGACUAUACCCACAGAGCUUAUUUAAUUAGAAGAGAUCAACAAAACACGCCCAAAAUAGCAUAAAGUGCUUUUCCUGUUUUUUUUCUCUCUCUCCAUGAUUUGCUUUACUACGCAACUGAUUUUCUACUCAACUAUUUCUUUUACUUUGGAAAGCAAAGUGCUAUCUGAACCAAAUGCUCUUCAAAGUAAAACAACCUCAUAUGAUCUACAGACAUUGUGAAUGGGUUUUAGUGGGAUUGUUCUGAAACAUCAUAUUUUCUCCAUCUUUGUGGGCUUAAAUAACAAGUUAUCAACAAAUGUAUAAUCUGUUUUGUUUUUU